CUCUUGCUGAAUCCGACACCAAAUAAGCAUGCAUACGGCUCUACAUUAUUGGGCACAUAUUCGAUGUAGUAUAUGAAGUACUCGACAGGAUAAAUUAGCACGGGGCUUAUUAUGUAGCUAUUGGCGAGUGUUUUUAUUAGGGGGUACAGGGUGUAACACAUGCGGUAUUUACAUUAAAGUUACGACGUCAGUGAUCAGUCGACACUAGCUGGUAGUUACUUUCGACUACAGUAUUUAGUAGUCUUAUUGGCAUACAAACACGCCCAAUAAGAGGGCUUAUCACUGUAGGCCGAUUAGUUAAUGCCGUACACGUUCCAUCCUAAAAUAUCGACACUAUACACCACACAAUCCACCACUAUUCUCACACGCAAUUCAAAAUAACAAGUAUACUCAAAUCAUCUUAGUUGGCAUCACUAUUAACCACUACAACACAAAUCACGCAAGCGAUUAAAUCCCAACAUUCCCGUCAUGAGUACAUCGCAGCAUCAUAAGGCUGAUCCAAGAUCACGGAGGAGUGCACAUACGCAAAGCAGCAGCCAAAGCCAGGCACACAGAGCUGAGCAAGCGAUGAAAGGGUUCGUGUACGAAUCUAGAAGGACUGUACGUGAACGCAGAGAGAAGUACGGGGUAGGUAAGGAGUGGGGUGUCAUGCAGAAAAUAUUGAAGGAUCUACAACGGCUUAGUAGGAUGGCUAAGGCGUACAAGAUGUUUUUGAAGUUGGGGAUAGUGAAGGCUUUGGACAGUUUCCUCAUGGAUCCGCUGCCCCAGGACAUCCUGGUCAUGUGCCUAUCAAUCGUUGCGAACUUGGCUUCGGAUUCAAAUGUAUGUGCGGUUAUGGGUCCCUCGAUGGUACAGAGAAUCUCGGACAAAUUGAUAGAAUCAGACUCUAUCCUCAGUCGAGCGAAGGGUGUGCGCGCGCUCACAAAUAUGGUCGCAAACCCAAAAUGCGCGCAAGAAAUUAGAAAAUGUGGUAUUGGUGUGCAGUUAAUUGGCUGGUUGAAAGCUUGUUUACCACCCUGGGAUCUGAUUUUUGCAUCUGAAAUCGGGAAGGAAGAGGACGAGGAGGAAGAACGUGCCAGUGUGCCCGGAGGGAUCGUCUUGGUAGGAGGCUGGAUGGAUCGGUGGAACACAGAGACAGACGACGCUGCAGAUACGAAGAACGAAGAAGUUCAGGAAGCCGAAGAGACUCGCCGUGGCCGUGAGUACAUCCAAAACAAGGACAACAGAGACUUCCUAUAUGCCAGCCUACGGUUAUUAGCUGCAGUAGGUUCCAUAGUACAAGUAACGUCUGCAUCGAGCGAAGCCGUUGCUGUAAAGCCUCAGCAUCUAGUUGCUCCUGUGAUCUCACCUUUGGACCCGCACAACGCGCAAGCACACGCACAUACACGUACACAUAUGCAGAAAAGUCAAGGGUUGAACACAUCCUACACAACCACAGUGGUGGCCAAGACCAAUCCACUAGCGCCUGUAGUGGAUGUGGUUGGCUGUGCAUUUGUUGUGGCACGGUAUGCGACGUGUUUCCUGCUAGUGUCCCAGGCGCUGAAAGUGUUGUACGUGUACAGAGACCACACGCUAAGCGAACCUGACAAAGGUACGGCUUUACCCAGCCCUAUGUCAAUCCCGCCGUCCAAUGCAGGUAUAGGCAAGAUAGAUACAUCCAACGUGCCCCGUUUAUCUGGUGCAGUUGCGUGGUCUGAGAGGGUAUUGGAUGUGAAGCGUGGUGACGGCAUGGGCCUGUUUCAAUCACUUGUGCAUGCGAUGGUGAGACGGGCGAUAGUGGGAGAGAAAGGGAUUACUGAGGAAGUAAGUACUGUGGAUGAGAAGCCAAGUUUGGAAACGCCGGGGCAAGAACAGGCAUAUGUUACUGCCGAUCACUCCUCCAUCGCCCUGACGAAAGAGUCGGUUGCCGAUGUAUAUGUAGCCCUCCAGUACACGCUGGUCCUCCUCCUGCAGUGGGCUGAGACGGCGGUGGUCAUUCGCCUACGCAUGGCCACACAAGACUUGAUAGAUGAUCUGUGCGCGUUAGUAUUGCACACCCAGGGCAAGCGUUCCGUCCGUGUACUUGUGGCACGGUUACUAUGUGUGCUUUCAGAAGAGGCUGUGACCAGGGGCAAGAUUAAACGGGCAGAUGGCUGCCAGGGGUUGGUGCAGGUGUUGCUAUCGUCGCCGUUUCUGAAUACUAUGCUUGCUUCGGAGGAGCGGGAUGGGAGGGCGGGCUUGGGUCUGGAGGCGUCAGGAGAUAUACGGAGAAAGGAAGGACAUCGUGUCCUACACGCUGCCAGUGCACAUACUGAAGAAGCGCAGCAAGGCUCAGAAACUGCCAAUCCACGUUCAAAACAGCCACAGACUGACCAACAGAGGGCAAAUGUAGGAGUGGAUCAAGUUACGGAGGCAAGUGGUCCAUCGUCGAUAGAAGUACAGGGUAGUACAGCACUUCAUGCACACAACGUGAAUGAUAUCAGCGAGACCGAGGUGAAAGGUCAUAAAGAAGCCGAUAUCAAAACCGUGACAGAUACCACAAUCGAUAAUAAUAGUCCUGCAAUUGAUCCCGCAAUUGAACGGAACCCACACGCGAAUCUGAAUGUGGUACGUGCGCUGUUGAAAGGCUUGUCGUUUUACAGAUUCGACGCCAGUACGCUGGCCUCUUUCUUUGUUGCGUCAGCUGGACGACAUUGUUUGAGCGAGUCCUUUCGCCGGCACUCAACAGUUCCGUUGUUCUUGGGCCUAAGUCUUGCGCAUUCUAAUCAACGUAGAAGUGGGGAUCUUAAGCUGUUGCACUCGCGCGACUUGCGCAUCAUAACAUACAUCAUGCUGCUGUCGGAACGGCCACGGCCCGAUACUGCAUAUCUAAAGAGUGAGGAUCUCAACAAUCUGUUGCAUUCCCGCGACCUACCCAUCAUCACGUACACCAUGCUCUUGAUGGAAACGGCCACUGCCACCGAACGUUCCUCGGAUGCCAAAGACGUGGUCAUGGAUGCCAAGUUGCUGUACACUAUCGCCAGGCUUGUGAGUGAAAGCCCUGAACGGUCCCCCCUGAGGAAGCAGGGAGUUUUUAUCUUCAGACAUCUCAUCUGUGCGCAUUGCCUACCGAAAUUGGUGAAGUUCGAUGUGCUGCAAAUCAUCGAUGCGAUGGAGCGCCAACAAGAAACGAGGUCAAGGUAA